CGAUGAUUGGUCCUCGCUCUGGGGCCGUUCUCCGUCCGGCUCGUCGGGAGAGCUUUCCACUCCCCACCCCCUCGGCCUGGCCAGUGAAUUUAAGCGGAGGCCCAGCUGCUGCUGUCCUUCUCCAUGGCUGGGGGGGGCGAGCGAAGAGCGCAGGUCUCGCAGGCGUGCAACGCGGCAGCCGCCAAGUGCGGAAGAAACCCUCGCUGUGCACUUGCGUUGUAGGACCUUCCUUAAAGGGUUUCGUGGUGGGACAUACCUGCAUGGAGAAAAAAAUGGGUGAAGCUGUUGCCAGAGUAGCUAAGAAAGUGAAUGAAACGGUGGAAAAUCAAGCAGAUUCCCUUGAUCUGGCAGAUUGCAAAUUGAUGACGUUCCCCAUCGCCCUGUAUAAAGUCAUGAGGCAUGUGGCUGAAGGCAUACAUCUCAUCACACUGGCCAAUAAUGAGCUGAAGUCUGUAACCAGCAAAUUCAUCAUCACUUUUAGCCAGCUGAGAGAACUUAAUCUGGAAGGGAAUUAUAUUCAUCGCCUGCCAGAAGAGGUCCGGACCCUGUUACAUCUGAGAAUUAUCAACCUUUCCAGGAACAAAUUUCACAGCUUUCCUGACCAGCUGACUUCUCUGCAGGCUCUUGAAAUAAUCAACCUUGAAGAGAAUGAGAUUACAGAUGUACCUGUUGAGAAGCUUGCCUCAAUGGAGUCUCUCCAGUGUGUGAACUUAAAAUCAAACCCAUUAAAUGAGGAGGUUCGGGUGAUUGCCAAGCCGCUGAUCAAGUUUGACCUUCUGACGUCUCCAGCUGUUCCUCAAGUCUGAAGCAAUGUCUGACCUGGAUUUGUAGCCCUAGGAGGUCAUAGUGAAAGAGGGAAAGAAAAUGCCGUGUUUGCUGAGCUAGAACACUCCCAAGCUGCACUGCGCUGCAUGUGUUAGCUUUAUGAGCUUCCAGAGUUGCAAAAAGUGUGGUUUUUUGCAAAAUGAUGCUGGCAGCAGCCAGAAAUAUUAUCUGCUAAACUGUGGAUCCAUAGAAAAUACAUGUCUAGAGAGGGCACUUUUCACUGAAUGGGGAAAAGGAGUGUUGGGAGGACAUUGGCCUUUCUAGUCCAUAACCACAGAGAAAGAGGAAGGGCCGAAGUGACCAAUUGUGUCCCUGGGAGAUGAUUAGAUAGUGUGGAUGGGCAUGUUCUGUAGCUGACAAAAGAGGAAAUCAAUCAGUGGUGGGAAUGUUGCUUGCAAGUUCAUGAAGAAAAAGAAGAACAGUUUCCAAGUUGUGUGAAUUUAGAUUUCAUUCUUUCACGGUAUCUUUUACAUUUAUAUGUAACGAAAACCAAUAAGUGCUUGUUUCCUUGCUUACAGUGUUUGCCAGGGACAAGGAAAUUAAGUCAAGGACAAAAUACAGAUCCAGAUCCAGGACCACCCUAAAGAAUAAUGUAGUCUCAAGAGUAUAAAAUAUAACCCAUUAGCUAAGAGAUUUUGUAAAGAUACAGAUAUAAAUCUAAUUCUAGUACAAACUAUCACCAUGUACCUGGAAGUAACUUCUUUGA